UAGAGUUGGCGAGCUUGAAUUUCCCCAUGGAAGAUGUUUGUUGUUUCUAGCGAUUAGAGACAACUCAAUGAAAGAAACUGGAGACAAGAACUGAUCAGUGAUCACUCACAGAAUGAGAUGAGAUCACAAAUGCCGGAGGAGAUGAUAACACGAUUAGAAUCCAAGGAGGGCAGAGAUUGGCAUAGAGUUGAGGCAAGGGACUUGUUAUUCAUAGGUUCAGCGUUGAGACUCCAACACUUGUUUCUUUUGCUUUUGCUUGCUAGUCUUCCUUUGUCGUUAUCCAUAUCUCUGAGGUUUUCAGAGAACAAUGAGACACUCGUGUCUCCUGGUAAGCUGUUCGAGAUGGGUCUCUUCAGAUCCCCAACGAGGUUUCCAGAAAAGUAUCGUUGGUAUCUCGGAAUUUGGUAUAAAAAAUUCCCCAGCAAAGCCGUAUGGGUGGCUAACAGAGACCAUCCUCUCUCCAGUCCCACCGGAAUCCUCAACAUUUCAAAUUCGAACGUCGACCUCCUCGAUGGUAACGUUGUUCUGUGGAGGAAGAACCUGAUCAAUAGGGAUUCCUCGGUGGUGGCAGAGCUUCUCGAUAACGGUAAUUUCGUGGUAAAAGACCCAACUGGCGUAUUGUGGCAAAGCUUUGAUUCCCCCACGGACACUUUACUUCCUGGAAUGAUACUUAACGCAAACUUAAUAUCCUGGGCAAGCUCAGAGGAUCCGUCCAGUGGAGCCUACACAUACGAGAUUAUAGGUCAACAAGGUUUUAUUCAUGAUGCGCAUCAAGUUCCCAUGACCCGUAUCUUUCCGAACAAAAUACUCCCUUCCACUACGAAAAAAACCUUCUCUACAAUGUUGAGAAUUGACGAAUAUGGAGUCCUCCAGCUGCUCGUCUGGAGAGACAAAUGGCACAUCGACUGGAUUUCUCAUGUUGACGAGUGUGAUGAGUACUACACAUGCGGUUUAAACAUGUUCUGCGACAUGAACCUUAGCCCGAUUUGUAACUGUAUCAAAGGGUUUGAGCCAAGUGACAAACCUUAUAGAGGUUGUGAGAGGAAGAAGACACAAGUAAGCUGCGUUGAGAAAGAAUUUUGGAGGAUGACAAAUAUGAAGCUUCCAAAUUUUGGACAGCAAAUUGACACGAAAAUGGGAGUUGAGGACUGUAAAGAGAGAUGCCUCAAAGAUUGCAAUUGUUUGGCGUUUGCAAACAUGGACUCGCAAAAUGGUGGAUCUGGUUGCAUGGUGUGGUUACAUGAGUUACAUGAUAUUCGUAGUUACAAAACCAAAGGUUUUGAUUUUUAUAUAAAGUUACCGGUGGCUGCGGAUUUAGUGGAAGGAAAUAAUGUGAGUGAAACCACCAUCGGGUUGAUCGUCGGAGUUAGCACAUUGCUUCUCAUCUUCAUAGUGCUUCUCAUAUACAAAACAAGAAAGAUGAGGGAAAGAACAAAAGAUUUGGUCUCAGCUUUUGGCAAAGUGAAAAUUCAUUCUCACGUGGUGGCAGUUAAGCCAAAUUGUGACGAAAAUACCCCUAACGACGAAAACCAAACGACAGAGUUAAUUUCGGUUUAGUUGCU